AUGAAGGGCAGCGGCUGCUAUAUAUGUGGAGGUCCUCAUGGCUAUGCUAGGUGUUUGGAGAUAAAGAAUCUUGGUGCCAUACUGUGGGAGCGAAAGGACAAGGAAGUGGACCAAGGCCAGGGUUCAGACACGACUCAGCUAGGCAUGAUCGGGCUAUGUGGAGCCAUCGCGAAGCAAGCUGAGAAGGCGGGGGAUUACUCUGCCCAGUAUGUUGACAUAUCCAUCAACGGACGACCAGCCCGUGCCAUGGUAGAUUCUGGAGCAGAAGCCAACAUCAUGACCAAGACGUCGGCAGCAAGGUUGGGGCUAAGUUACGGGCCAAGCAACACCCGCCUGAAGACUGUCAAUGCCCCAUUGACUCCCAUGUCCGGAGUCGCUCAUAGAGUGGACAUCACGUUGGGCAAGUGGAAAGGUAAGACAAGCUUCACUGUCGCCCCCUUAGAUAUCUUUGAUAUUAUACUUGGGCAGGAAUUCUUCCAACGGUACCACACAAUGAUCGAUCCCUACCUCCAACAACUCUUGGUGAUGGAGCGAGAGGGACCCUGCAUGGUACCUCUAGUCAAGAUGCCGAAGAAGGAAGGAUAA